GAAAAAGUAUACUGGUAAUGUCCAACAGCAGUCGUAUGGAGGUUUUCUUCAGCUCAUGUUUGGGUAUUUCGAAAAUUAAGAAUCCCGUAUCUUGUAAAGCAAGAUUCUUCAGUGAGCGAAUUGCAGUUGAGGUAGUUAUAGACUAUAUAAGGCCGGAGUGCGGAGGAAACUCUCUGCAGAAGAGAGUUUCCUGGGACCAGUUCAUAAAAACUGAAAGUGAGAAGAAUCCCUGGGGUAUUCCGUACAGGGUGGCGAUGGAUAAAUUUAAACCCGGUGAAAUAAUGGCGGCAAUAAGAUCGGCAGGUGGACCAGCACCCACCGUCGAGGAAACAGUUGGAAGAUACUUGGACCAGACCUACCCUAGGGAUGACCCGUCCCAGGACAACGAAGAGGAUAAGGUUCUGAGGAAAACUACGGAGUAUCCGCCUGGCACGAAGUUCAUUCCACCAUGGGACGUGUGGGACCUGUGGUUGGCAAUAGACAGACAAAGGUUAGGAAGAGCUCAGGGACUCGACACCAUCGAUGCGGCGAACUUAAAGAGGAGUGUCCCCUAUAUCGAAGAAGAAUUACUUGAGAUAACCUCAGCGAUAGGAAAGCUAGAAUACUGGAUACCUUCUAUGAGGUAGAGCGGAAAAUAGAAAGAGGAUGUCCACAGGGCUCAGUCCUGGGCCCGGCUCUGUUAAUAUUUGACCAGUUGCUGGGGGAAUUGGAGGUAGCGGGCUUCGGUGCCGUUGCCUACGUUGAAGACCUGGCUGUUAUAGUAGCAGCGAAUAGCAAAGCGAGAUUGGUGGCGGAAGGAGAAAGAUGCGCCACCAUAGUAGAAGAAUGGUGUGCAAUGAAGAAAAUGAAGAUGGCGGCGGCAAAGACCCAGGUCAUACUGUUGAAGGGUUCUACGGACAGGGCCCACCCUAUUAGUUUCAGAGUAGCAGGAGAUAGAGUCCGCCUAGUUGAGGAGAUCACCUACCUAGGCGUGAGAUUUAAAUCAAAAUUUAAUAUUUCUCCUCAGAUAGAGUACCUACGAAGGAGAGUGGCCCUGUCCCUAAAUGGCCUUGCACGGGUAGGGGGUGCCUUUUGGGGCCUCAGAUACCCAGCGACAAGAAUCAUCUACAAGGGAGUUGUGCUGGGUAUACUGUGGUAUGCAUCCCCAGCGUGGAGCCGUCCCAUGAAUCACGUGCAGAACGUUGCCUCUGGACCUCGUCCUUCAGGAGGACGCUUGGAGGAAUGACCUAAAGAGGCAGGGACUGGAGGCACUCCCAGAGGGGUCUCAACGGAGGGUCCGUGAGGAUCCAGGAAGAUGGAGUGGCAUAGUCCGAGAGGCGACACUAGAGGAAUGGAAUGGGCGGUGGAUUGCAAGUGAGAAUGGAGCCACCUUGAGAAAAUACUUCUGCACCGUUCAUUCCAGAUUGGAAGCAAAUUGGGUCGAACCGGACUACUGGACCUCACAGAUCCUGACGGGGCAUGGGGGGUUUAGAGACAAACUCAGUAAGCAUGGGAAGAACAUCGAUCGCGAUGGAGCAACAACAUCGAUGGUUGUAUCAUGCACCGCGAUGGAGCGAGCCAGAGGCAUAUUGAUGCGGAGGACGGGACUGUACGUCCUGGACGAAGAGCAUCUUCCUCAUCUAAUGGAAGAGGAUAAAUACCCCCAAUUCUUAGAGUUCGUGAGAAAAUGGAGGCAAAAGGUGGAACCUACUCACUUCUCAAUAGGGAGAUGAUUUCCACGAGUAGGCCAUAAGAAAGAAGCAGCAUCAAACUGUUGGAGGAAACUAUCCAACUUGGAGGGCAUGAUAAGCAGCCAGCUGGAGACUAAGGUGCGGUCCCAUCAGUAAGGCGCAAACCCGUGCGCACCACAGUGACAAUAAAAUAAAAUAAAGCAUUAGUAUUCAGAGUAUUGGCAGCAGUAGCGGCACGUAUCCCCAACUUAUCAACGCACUGCUGAAACCCCGUAUGGCAAAAAUUCCAGGAAAGGGGACAAAAAAAAAAAAAAAAAAAAAAAAAGAUUGGGCACUGUUUGGGAGCGUGGGAGUUCAUUAUAUUUUGGACUACUUUUCUUCUCAUAUUAUAAUAGUUAUAUUGGGCCACCUCGUACUGGUAUUGCUCCUGCCAACGACUCCUAUCUGCCUUGUUCAGGUAGUUAGGAUCUCGUAUGCACGUCGAAUUAACCACUGGGAGAAAAUUCUGGGUCUUUUAUAAUCUUGUAGAAAGAAAUCUUAAAAAAUCGAUACGUGAAAUGGAUACAAUUGUUGUUCGCAUAAAGUUCGCUAUACGCUGGUAGAGGAAACAUCCAAAUGACAUGACAAUCUUGUGGUACUAGUAGUAGGAGGUAACUGUACAGCGUCGAGUAUUUCUUCUUCAACCUUUGCAGUUCAUCGAAAUCUUUGUCGACCAGCGUUUACUCGUACAUAGUUUAGCGUGCCAUUAUCCCUAAGGCGCCUUUCAAUGACCUAAAACGUUUUACGACUUCAUAUUCUUCGGUUAGGAAAUUUUUCACUAUAUCUUUGAACAGCAACGCACCGUUUCUAUGUACCUCGCCAUAAGUUAAAAGCAUUUAUGUUAGUUCUACAAAAUUCAAUAAAUGUAUGGUGUUUCCCAUGAUAAUUAUAAAUUAAACUGCGUCACAAUAUUCUCUCACACAAAAAGACACAAAACUAGACAAACAGAUGAGCAGCUACUGUCAUUGCAUAUCGUUCAUUUGUUUAUCAGGUGAUUAAAACCUGUUAUUUAGUAUUAGACACGUUAAACUUUGUUGAGCUAGUUUUAUUGUUGUAAAUAAAUAAUUAAUCUUUAACCUUUGAUAUAUGUUUAAUAAACGGGUUUGAAAUAUAUGUUAAUAUAAACUUUUGUGUUUAUUUUGUGUUAGUGAACACAUACUUAAAAUUGUGAAAUUACGAAACACCCUGUUUAGUGAAAAAGUAAUUUUAUAAUUCCAAUAAACUAAAAAAAUAUGAAUAAUAUUAAUAUGAAGCAGUAUAUAUACUAAGACGUAUAUAUACUAAUUCAACCUAUUUCUUCACCUGUUAACGGACAUCAUUUGAAACCGCACUUUCAAGCUGAAUACAUCAUUAUGAAUAUUUCAGAUUCUGUUGAGCCCGGAUAUCAAAAUGAUGAUAAAAUAAUAAUGGAAGAUAGUUCUCCAGACAUUUCUAUGGACGAAAACAGUUUUCUACCAAGUAAAAGAGGUUAUUGUACAUAUCAUGAAUUACCAAUUCAGCCUUCGAAGAAAAAACAUUUUUUAAGAAGAGGUGGAGGUAUGAAAGUCAGACAACAUACUUUAGAUCCAGUGACUAAGAACAUGAUAUCUACUUUGCAUCAAAUGGAAACUAUCGUCCAGGGCUUAAUUGAUUUACAAAGGAUGUUUGCAUCUAGUCGUCCUGGAUAUCAACCAGAACCAAAUAUGCCUACGGGAGGAAACCAUAGUCCAUCAAGUGGAGAUCGUCCUGGAUAUCAACAAGAACCAAAUAUGCCUACGGGAGGAAACCAUAUUCCAUCAAGCGGAGAAACCAGUGAAGCCACCAAGAACCCAUCAAGAAACCAUCAAGCAGACAUUGCUGCAAUAAUGCACAGAAUCCAAACGUCAUUCCGACAUUUCAAUGAAACGUAUCACGACUUAGCUAAACACCAAAAACCAAAUCAAGAUGGUUCCCACCCCCCUGAAAUCCAUCAUGAGAAUACCGAUGAGAACAAACCACACGAAGCUGAAGCAGAAAUCAAAGAAGUCCCUGAAGUCCAUUUCGAUAAUAUAAAUGAAACAAUUCCAGAUGACAAUGAAAAUGUGGAGAUACUUAUUAACCAAUUGCUAGAAACAGAUUCUGACAACCCAGCAAUCAAUGAAGAACAUGGAUCCGAUGUACACAUAAAUGAAACAGUUACAGAUCAGCCAGUGCCACAAUCAUUCGAUCGUGAAACAGUAGGUCGAAGGAUUAAUAACACAAUGGAAAGUUUGAAUCAAAUGAUCGUCGAUCUCUCUGCUUUACAGGUCUUGAACAAAGGAGAUUCCGUCAGACCUGAACAUUCUAGCGUGAACGAGAAAGGUCCAAACAAACAACAAAUUGUUGAACUGACGAAAAACAUUCAUUCGACUUUGAAAUAUUUGUCUAAAAUUCUCGACGAUUUGCAGAUUUUACAAACGACGGAGACCCAAGGUGUUCCUGGAGAACGUUAUCAUAAUCUAGAAGGAGAAGUGGAGGAAUUAAGUAAACACUUAGUUACAGGUCCCGAUGCAGGUCAACAUUCAGUUGGUUCCGACACUUCCAAAAUAUUAUCAACUUUACAAGAAUCAGUUACAGAUACUGAAUUGAGGGAAAUAAUCAGGGAAUACACGAUAGUCGUGGAACGUUUUAAGAUAUAUGGAUAUGAAUAUUUGCAUCAUACAGAAGAAAAUAAAGAGCAUCCUGAAGAUGAACCACCUGUAGCAGAUGAUUUCUACAAAAUGAAAUAUCCAGUUGUAGAACAGGAGCAUAGAAUUGAAUCUUUAAUAAAAAUUUUGGAGUCUGAUGAAAUUAUAGAAUCCUUCUGGAAGCCCGAAUACGGAAAUACUACGGGGAUAAAAGAAGCACAAACAACAUUGGAACAAAUAUUGUCGCAAUCGGUCAAAGCUGCCGAGAAUCAAAUGGGAUACCAUAAAAUUGCUAAAUUAAUCUGUGUGAUAUUGCGAUUACAAGAGAAAGAGUUAUUGGCUUUUGACUUAAUGCCAUAUAUAUUAUACUUUUAUUGGAUAUUGGACAUGAAUAAUAACGAGUCUAUGAAAUUUGGUAGCAGCUAUUUACAACGACCAGAUCUAGUACUUCCAAAAGGGGAGAAACCUAUUGACACAUUAAUUAUGACAAUAAAAAGUCCAUUGUUUAAAGAGGUCUUCUGGGAUCCUGAAUAUGGUGGAACGGAGAAAAUGGAGAGUAUAAUAGCGACGUUCACAGAAACAUUCCUGAACGGAAAACAGGGUGUCCAGUCUACAAACGACCUUAUUAAAACAAUGUGUAUAUUGAUAACAUUACUAGAUACAGGUUUAGUUAAUUUAACACAAGUAGAAAUUGAUUCGUUGUUCAAGUACUUAUUUCCAAUUUUAGACAGUUUAAUACUCAAAGGACACCAUUACGUACCUGACAGUUAUCUGAAGAAAGUAGAUGAAGAGCACAAGGGCUACUAUUCAGAUUACUUUGUAGACAAAUUAAAAGCAGCUCAUCACACAGAGCAACAAUGAAAAUUAACCAGAAUUAUUAAUACCAAAUAACGUGGUCAGUAUGAAAAAAGUAAACGAGUCCUUAGUGAUAUUCAAAUAUGUGUACAACUUUUUAUUUAAGGAUCACUUAAAAAAAAAAAAAAAUUAAAAGACCCGCCAACGAUAAAAAUUUCGACAUUGUAAAUAUGUACAUUGUUCAAUUUAAAACAUUGAAGAAGAAAUGUUGUUAUUUCUUUCUUACCACUAAUCAGUUAGAAAUAACGAUGUUCAACAUAAAUGCAAAAAUACAAUAAUAAAGUUUUUUUUUUCUAUUUUAAGUUAUUGUGAUUUAAAACAUAAAAUAAAGAUAUUUCUUUCCUGAAAACCUAAAACUGAGAUAUUCAUUGUCGGAUUUUCUAGGAAUAUUACAGAUUUGCGCAGUGUUCCAGGUUAUGGAAUGAGGUCGAGAUGUCAAAAACUUCGUUGAGGAGUUUCAUCUCAUCGUGAAUUCCAACUUGAAGCCCAAGAACAUCUAUUUUUUGGGAAGGAGUUACACCCGGAAAGAUUUUUUAAAAAUAUAUAUAAAGAUAAUUACUUAGAAAGAAAAGGAAAGAAACUAAUUACCUAUAUGAAAUAGAGUUUAAAUGAUUCCUUAAGUACUAGUAAAUGUUGUCACACGAACAAGAAUACUAUUAAUGGUAAUUUUUUUUUUUUUUAAAUUUCUUUAUUGAGUAUUAUAACAAUCUGUCUGUUGGACAUUGGUUAUAGUGAGGUAGGAUGACAUUCACACCAUAUGUACAAAAAAAUAAAAUAAAUAGAACAAAAUAAUAAUCAAAAGUAUAUACAAUCGACAAUAAAAUAAAAUAACCUAAAAAAUAAGAAAAUUAAAACUAAGGAAAAAAAACAAAAAAAAAAACACAUGCAUACCUAUAUACAAUCAGGCGAGGGAACUCCAGGAGAACCCUGCGCUACUCUCCCAACCGCGUCACUGGUACUAAAGCCAGCGGAGAUUGGUCGAGAGCACUUUAGCCACAUACACACAUGUCUUGAGUGAAGAAUCAGGCCAUUGCCAGAACUCCAAUUUAUAUAAUCUACAAAAGGUCGCGAGGCCACUGCCGUUUCAACCUUCUUGGAGGAUUAUAGGGAUGGGAGAUGCUUGAUAGGGAUUGUGCAAGAGGAUUUGGGCGGUAAGUAAAGUUCUGGUGAAAUUUGGAGAAUUUUUCUGGGAUAAGGUCUAGGACAAAUGGGAUGUUAAGGUCAUGAUGUAGGGUUUUGUUGGAUACAUAGAAAGGAGCAUCGACUAUUGUUCGAAGGACUUUAGACUGGAAGGAUUGGAUGCGCUUGAUGUUAGACAAUUUUGCUGAUCCCCACAGUUCUAGUCCGUAAGUCCAAAUAGGUUUCAGUAUUGUCUUGUAGAUCAGUAGCUUGUUUUCAAUGGAAAGUUUAGAUUUUCUGCUUAGUAGUCGGUAUAGUUGGCCGUAUCGUCGGUUGAGUUCUUGUCUUUUGAGUCUAGUAUGCGGGUUCCAAGUUAGUCUUCGGUCUAAAUGAAAG